AUGGAACAUAUCGCAGACGAAUGGUUGGAGCGGGGAAUCCGCUCGACAUUCGCCAUUAGACCCGAAGUCUCGGGCUUCAGAGGUACCAGAAACUCGAGUCCGACUGGUCUUGGCUGGCGCUUCUCUAUCGAGCAUGCGAUGGGCGAGCAUACCUAUAGCUUCAAGUUCGACGCUUUCUUGGUGCACAAGGCUUACCUUGGUACCCUCUCUAUACCUCCGGAGGAUAUCCAGAUCGACAACAUGCUGCCAAUCCAGACGGACAACAUGGUGUGCGAGCUUCCGUUCGGCGGCUGGAAGAAAAUCGGGACUUGGCUCGUGGUCGACCCCGCGAGGCUCGCUACAAUCUCGUUCUACGUUUCUCAGGCAUGUCCACCUGGGAGGAUGAAUUGGUGGGGCGAGCGGGUUGACAACUCGAUCCUGAUUGCGUUCCCAACGACUGCACCACCUCAAGCCCCAUCCCCUCCCCAGGCUUCAACCCCCAGCAUACCUCCCCCUUUACCACCAGGAGCAUCGCUUGGAGACGGUGUGCUGAUACAGAGUCUCGAUGAAGGCAUGGGAGGCAUGGUGCAAUUUAUACUACCGUAUCGUGUUUCUGGCCGGCACGUCAUGGCGACACGUUCGGUUUAUGGCAGCCCCACCCUUUGCAAAGCCCUACAACUUGAUAUGCCUGACUUCAAGCAGCGCUUUACGGCUGAUCAACACUGGUCGCGCAACGAGUAUGACUACGAAACCGAUAGCGACAUCUCUGACGAUGAAGACGAGAACGCGAGAGAGGAUCUCCAGCAGGGCGAGUCCCCAGCCCCACCUGGCACUGCCGACACUGCGAAGACGCUGUCUGUGGUCGACGACCUUGAGGUCCUCUCUAUCAGAUCCGGAGGGAACACCUCUGAUGUAUUCGUGGACUGGGGCGACGACGCUGAGGGAGGCUCGAAUGCUUCAACCCGGCAUCCCGAGUCGGCCAUCGUCGUCAAGCAGCACGCGCACAGAACGUGGAAAGCAUUGCUCUUCUACAUGUACACCGGCAGGAUUACGCUGAAGAAGCUUUCAUCCGCUAGAGACCCCUUGGUGCCCGAGGUCGUCAACGCUCUUGCAUGUUCCCCCAAGUCCAUGUACCGCAUCGCAGAGAAGGCAAACUUGGACGAUCUACGUGCUCUCUGCCUCAAAGCCAUCGCGGCCGACCUGACGGAGAAAAAUAUCACAAGUGAGGUCUUCAGCACUUUCUCGUCCAAGUAUUCCGAAGUGCUCGACUUGGAGACCGACGUCCUAGUCAAGUAUAUGCGCGACUCGGAAUCAGUCUGCAACCUGGAAGUCAGGCGUGUCAUGCAGGACGCGACGUCCAGGCCACAUUGCGGCAAGGCAAUUUCAAUGAUAUGGGGAAAGAUCGCAAAGUAG